AUAAACUAAUAGAAUGAGUGCUGCUUGAAUCGAUAGCCCUAUGUUCUUUCUUAUUAGCGGAUCGCUACCCAUAUCAAGCCUUGACAGUUUUUGCUUCCAGUUCUGAACACUGGUCAUUUUAAGUAUGCAAAGAACUCAUUAUAUUUAAACUAACAUAUCGCCACAAAUCAAUGGCGUCUGUUAUUUACCUAAAAGGUUUUGCACUUGCUCUUUAAAUAUCUAUUCAUUACAACAAUUCUCAUUCAAAAAAAUAACAUGGAUUUUUUUUUUUCAAAAUGUGGUUUUCCAAUGUUCUUGUCAACAGCUCAUCAAUUGUUAAAAAUAAACUCUUCUAGCUCUGCACUGAUAAUGUCACCAGAAAUCCUGAGCUAGCGCUAUUAUUAUUAUUAUUAUUAUUAUUAUUAUUAUUAUUCAGAAACAAUGCAACAUUAAUUGGGAAGCUGCUGUAUUUGAAUUUUGUGUAUUUGUCUUGUUGUCGCUUUGUCUAUUUGGGUCUUUUAUAUACAUAUAAAACACUAUACAUCAGGGCAAGCACCUUCAUUAGCACCUUAGAGUUAAAUAGAAAUGCUGAUAUAUGAUAUUGUAAAUGUUUUUAAAUCGCAGUGGUUUCACAGCACUGGCAGCUGAGUGAGUAUUCACACCAGAGUUCGCACAACAAUGAAUAAUACAACCUGGCUCUGCAAUAUCAGCAUGCCGAGGGCCGUGGAGACAUUCCAGAUGGUGCUCACUAUACCCGUUUUAAUUCUGGGACUCGUAUUCAACGCUGCAGCCCUUUUCGUGCUGUGCUGCAAACUGAGAGACUGGACGGAAACCAAAAUAUACAUGACUAACUUGGCAAUUGCUGACUUCAUCCUUCUCCUUUCCCUGCCAUUCAAGAUGGCAACAUAUAAUUACAAGUUUGCAAAACAGCUGUGCACACUGUUGGUCUCGGUUUACUACAUGAACAUGUAUGUGAGUAUCCUAAUAAUCACCGCUAUAAGCGUUGACCGAUACAUCGCAAUUAAACACCCCUUUCGAGCUAGAACGCUCCGGUCGCCACUGAAAGCAGCAGCCGUAUGCCUUACGAUAUGGCUGGUUAUAGUCUCGUUCAGUGUCAUGGUUAACACAGACAGCAAGCGCAAGGGCAGCCAACAUCAGCAAAAGUGUUUUCAUGGGAAUGAUUCCACAGGUCUCUCACUCAAACCAAUUUUGCUCAUUGAGAUAGCUGGAUUUUGCAUGCCUCUUGUAAUACUGAUAUUUUGUUCCACGCAAGCUAUCUAUUCUUUGUCAAAAGACAUAAGCUCGGAAUGCAGAGAUGAAAAACGCAGGGGCAUCAAUGUCAUUGCUACAAAUCUGGUUGUCUUUUUCGUUUGCUUUGCCCCCAUCCACGUCGCAAUGUUUCUCCAGCACCUUAUUAAAAUUGUAGAUCCUUCCAAUUGCAGUCUUCAACAGCAACUGGUCAACUUAAUGCAUGUUUCCAGUUGCAUCGCCAAUACCAACUGCUGCUUGGACGCAGUGUGCUAUUAUUUUGUGGCAAAGGAGUUUUUUUUAUCAUCUUCUGUGCAGACUUCUCCACAAAGGGAUAACUAACAUGGCAAAAGGGCAUCUCCUUGAUGAAUUUCCUAA